GUUGCCUUUGAGCCACGUUGUGAAGAAGGGAGAGUUGAGUUUCAUUACCACGACCGCAUGUUCGUUGACUAACUCUACUACUUCUAAAAUCACCACCUGCUUAUCUACCAAGGCGGAUAAGGAUUUUGUCCCACUUUUCCCUCUACUGUUUGACCCUUUGACCCUUUGGGUCAGGUCGGUAAGACAAUUCCGUUGUCUGAACCAUCUCAAAUCCAUCCAUGUGGGUUUGUGGACAUCGUUGGUCAUCAUAUUUCGUGUGAACCGUGACCUUUUUACGUAUUUUUUUCCCACUCGGUCCACGUGGAGAAUGGUGGAUAUCUGGGUGGUUGACUGUAAUUGGAAGGAGUCAAGCUGACCAGCUGUGACGACGAAGAACGUCGCUAAACACUAACACGUCGCUAAACAUCACAAACAACAACAACAGCUGCCAUGGACGAGGGGAUAUUGCUUGGCCUGGGCAAUGCUUCGGGAAGUUUCGAACGUCACAUGAAGGCCAUCAACUACUUCGAGCAGCUCAAACUUUCAGACACCGGUUGGCAAUUGUGUGUCCAGUACUUGUCAACGACGGGGAAAACUGUGGAUUCAGAGACCCAGUUUUUCUGUUUGCAAGUCAUUGAGAAUUUUGUCAAGACGAGGUAUUUAGCAUCUUCGACUGAACAUCAGAAUAUUCUGAAGAAUUUUCUAUUCCGCUGGACAGGAAUGCAGGUUGUACAGCCACGUGCCUUCCUAUACAACAAAGUUGCUCAGAUAAUAGCUUUAAUUUUCAUCCAAGAUUAUCCAAUGAGAUGGCCUAAUUUUUACGACGACCUGUUUUCUACAAUGGAGACAGGUGGGGAGGCUAACAUUAAUAUGUACCUUCGGAUUUUGUAUGCAAUUGACACAGAGAUUGCUGAUCGAGACAUUGCUCGCACAAACGUCGAACUUCAAAGAAAUAAUUUAAUUAAAGACGCAAUGAGAGAAGGAGUGGUUGAACGAUUGGCUGAUUCGUGGUAUCGUAUAUUAACUACGUUUGAUUCUUCCAAGCCUGACAUUGUGUGCCAAUGUCUACAAGUGAUUGGAAAAUACAUUCUUUGGAUGGACAUCAAUUUGGUGGCGAAUGACCGUUUUGUUUCAGUCCUUGUCAAGAAUUUGUCAGAAUCUGAGGUACAAGAUGCUGCUGCUGACUGCAUUCAUGAUAUAAUUUGCAAAGGAAUGGACCCUUUGUCGAAGACAAAAUUAGUAGAAUCUUUCUACACUGUGCUGACAAAUGCUCAAGUGUGGGAUAGUCUCAAAAAUGGAAGUCCCUUUCUGUCCAGCUUGGGUAGAAUUGUGAAUGCCAUGGGGUGCACUGUGAUUGAUGGUUACAAUAAACUAGCCAAGACGGGAGACAAGCAAGGAGAAGUUUGCCAAUACAUAUUUAUUGCUAUCGAAAAUAAGGUUCCAUUAAUAUUGGAAUUUUUGGCAAAUGAAGACGAUGAUGCGUCAGCAUCAAUUUUAGAUUAUUUAAAAGAUUAUUUACACUUAUUAAAGCAAUCUCCAGCCCUUACAGAGCAGCAAAAUAAAUACUUUCAAAUGACACUUGAAAUAAUUACUAGAAAAUUACAGUUUGAUGAGGAUUAUAAUUUUAUGAAAGAGCGAGAAACAGAGGCAGAUUUCCAAGAAUUUAGGAAACAACUUAAGAUUAUUUUUGAGAAUUUGGCUCAGAUUAAUAAGAUGACUGUGAUUGAGCACGUCAAGAACAUUUUAAACAUUGCGAUACAUAAUUGGAAAAUGCUUCCAUUUCAUGAUUCGGAGGUGGCCUUAUUGUUGAUGUAUUAUCUUGGGGAAGCAAUACCUGCGGCAGGGGUAUCCCUGUUUACUGCUGAUUUAGCAAAAUCUUCCCCAAUACAAGUACUUUUGUUGUUGAUCAUGAACUCAGAUAUUUAUCUUCAUACUCAUCAAUCCGUUGUUCUCCAAUAUUUUGAAAUUAUAGUCAGAUAUGAAAAGUUUUUCGUCUGUCAUCCGGACUAUAUUGCGAGCGUGCUAGCUAGUUUUCUCAAAGAAACUGGACUAUUUCACCCUGACAAGAGAGUCAGAUCAAGAUGCUCAUAUUUGUUUUGUCGUUUUAUAAAAUCUGUUCGAUGUCAUAUAACAGAUCAGCUCACGAAUGACAUCAUUCAUGCAAUUCAACCAUUACUAGCUCUGGUUACUCCUUCCAAAUUCCAAGGAACUGAACCAUUAAUGUCUUCAGAUGACCAGCUCUAUUUAUACGAAGUAGUCGGCGUAGUUAUUAUUUCAGGAGAUAAAGGAAAUGAGAAAGGCGAGCUCAUGAAGAAAGUCGUAACCCCUUUGUUGGAAACGUCUCGCCGUGUUACAGAGGAAUUGGCUGCAGAAAAGGACCCGCAUCGACAAGAAGAACUUGCGAAUGUAGUAAUUCAAGCAAUAUCCGUUACAAGCAGACUGAGUAAAGCAUUUAGCAACCAGUUAACCAUGAAGACUUACAAUUGUACUUCAAUUUUUCUGGAUGCUUUACAAAUUUUUAUCCAAUCAGUUCAGGUGGCCCCUGACACUCAGCAAAUAAGUUUGCAGAGCUGUGUUCGUCAAUAUCUACACCGGAUGGUCGUUUGCCUGGAAGAAGAAUUGUUACCCUACAUUCCUUUAGCAUCCCAAGCAUUGUUGAAGAACUGUGAUUGCAAAAGCAUUCAAGAAUAUAUGCCGCUCAUCAAUCAAGUCAUUACUAAGUUUAAGUUAUCAUGGAUAUUCCAGAAAGAGGUAGUGCCCUUCUUGAAUCAGAUGUUUACUCCAAUGGUACAGAGUGUUUUUAGAGCACUUGCUGAACCAAUCGAAUUAAACGACCAAAUUGCUACGGGUGAGAGAAGAAUGUUGCAACGACAAUAUUACAAUUUCAUUGCUACCAUUGUGACAAGCAAUGUGAUGGAGGUGUUGUCUGCGGAGGAAAAUUCAGCAAUUCUACACCAAGUAAUGCUUAGCGUUAUUCAAGGCUCAGUGGAGUUUCCAGAUCCUGUGGCACAACGAGCUUGUUUUUCAAUCAUGAAAAAAUUUGUGGAAAUGUGGGGCGGUCAAGAUAAUCCAGAGGGUUUCAUUGAUUUCUUAUAUAAAAAUAUCCUUCCGGCGUGUUUUAUGGCUCCGUUAAAACCACACUUUGACAUCAGCGAUGCACAAACACUGCUAGCCUUGAACGAAAUUGGGAAUUGUUUACUGGUUAUUUUAGAGAAAAGAAAAGACGAAUUUCGAGUAUAUCUUCAGACCCACUAUUUACCUACGCUUAAUAUACCCGUUCCAAAAAUUGUAGAAUUCCUCGAAGCUCUACAGCGAAGCCCAAAAGAUUUUAGACUGUUUUUGAAGUCAUUCUUUCAGCAACUAAAAGCCAGCUUGCCUUAAGAAAUGAAAUGAAAAUUCCUACGUAUUAUGUUUACUGAUUUACGCAUUUACUGACUAAAACAUCGUAUUUAAUAGAAGAAUAGUAAAUUAAAUUACUAAAACAGGUCGUGAGAUACGGACUAUAAAUUACUUUUGAUAACAUUAUUUACAUUAAAAUGUAAGUAUUUGACAUUGGAAAUAAAUUUUGUUUUUGUUUUCCUCAAA